AUGUCAUCACAGGGGGCUUUCGGGGAAUUCCUGGAAGAAUAUUUGGUUGAAGAAGUGAAAACACGUGGACGAUCGGUUUCAUUUGGAGAAGAUGCCCAAGAUAUGAAUGAGUUGCUUAGCGAGAUCGAGAAGCUUUCCCCGGAUAAGAGAAAACGAAUCGAAUCGCAAAUUAGUCAGGUUCAUUCUUCUACUGAAAGCCUCAAUAAGGAACCAGCUUCACCAGUUCGUCCAAAAACACCAUUAUCUGAUGCUCUGGCAAAACAAAAUGGUGGUCAAAAAGAAGAAAAAACUGAAGUAACAAAAGAUGAUGAAAAGAAAGCCUUGUUGGGUAAAGAAGCCACACCGAAAAAGGAUGCAGCAAAGGGAAAACUCACCGAGAAAGAGGCUAUGGAAACGGGGAAGGUGAAAUGGACAGUCUACUUGACGUAUCUUCAAGCGAUUGGUUAUUCCAUCGCUUUGUUGUUCUUCUCAGUUUACGUUUUCAGCAGUAUUCUUGGGGUGAUGUCGAAUUUGUGGUUGGCUCGUUGGUCAGACGACGCGAAGAAGAUUCAAGAGGGAGUGAACGGCGGUGAACAGACGAGAUACCGGCUUUUUGUCUACGCAUGUCUAGGAGUUGGGCAAGCUUUCUCGAUUUGUGCGGCUUCAAUCAUCAUGGCUCUUGGCAUGGUUCGGGCUUCGCGACUUCUUCACGAAGGUUUCCUUCGCAACAUUCUCAACAAUCCAAUGAUGUUCUUCGAUGUGACUCCUUUGGGUCGAAUUCUUAAUCGUUUCGGAAAGGAUGUGGAUAUGUGCGAUUCGCGAUUGCCGGGCACCGUGCAAGUGUUCGUCGGGGCGAUUGUGCAAACGGCGACCAUCCUCCUCGUCUCUUUCUACGCAACACCACACGCGAUGUGGCCCACCGUUGCAGCUCUCGUCUUCUACUACUUCUCCCUGGAUGUUGACGCGCUGGAUGUGGCUGUUCCUCGAUCUCUUCUCACAUUCACACGGACAUUGAUAGUUGUCGGAGAGAUUCUGUCAGUGAUCUCAUGGACAAUGCCUUUCUUCGUCGCGUCGACCCUCCCAUUGGCACUUAUCUACAUCGCUGUCUUGCGCUUCUAUGUAUCGACAUCGAGACAGUUGAAAAGAUUGGAGUCGACGACGAGAUCGCCGAUCUAUUCACAUUUCCAGGAAUCCAUUCAAGGCGCUUCAUCCAUCAGAGCCUACAAUGUCGUUGAGAAGUUCAUCGAUGAAUCGGCAAGGAGAGUCGAUGAAAACCUGGCCACUUACUAUCCAAGCAUCGUAGCUAACAGAUGGUUGGCUGUUCGACUCGAGCUCGUUGGUAACAUGAUUGUGCUCUUUGCGGCUCUCUUUGCUGCACUCUUCCGCGACUCACCCGGACUUUCAGCCGGUCUUGUCGGUCUCUCCGUCUCAUACGCUUUAAAUAUCACCCAAACGUUGAACUGGGCCGUGAGGAUGACAAGUGAACUGGAGACAAACAUUGUGGCUGUUGAAAGGAUCAAAGAGUACAGCGAGACACCUACAGAAGGACAAAAUUCCACUCAAAAGCCGAAAGAUCCAAAUUGGCCAUCAGAGGGAAAAGUGGUAUUUAAGGAUUAUGCAUUGAGAUAUCGUGAAGGUCUUGACUUGGUUCUUAAGGGAAUUAAUGUUGAGAUUGAGCCGAAUGAAAAAAUCGGUAUCGUUGGAAGAACGGGAGCUGGAAAAUCUUCGUUGACUCUUGCUCUUUUCCGAAUCGUUGAGGCUGAUGGUGGAUCGAUUUACAUUGAUGAUGUUAACAUUUCAAAGAUCACGCUUGAGAGUCUUCGCUCUCGUCUCACCAUCGUACCCCAAGAUCCGGUACUGUUCUCGGGGACACUUAGAAUCAACUUGGAUCCAUUCAGCACUCAUGACGAUGACGAGAUCUGGAGAUCACUACAAAACGCUCAUCUUGACUCGUUUGUCGGUGAUCUACCCAAUAAACUUCACCACAAGAUCACCGAAGGAGGAGAGAAUCUGAGUGUUGGCCAACGACAAUUGCUUUGUUUGGCGAGGGCUUUGUUGCGCAAGACGAAGAUUUUGAUUCUCGACGAAGCGGCUGCAGCUGUCGAUAUGGAGACCGAUGCGCUUAUUCAGAAAACGAUUCGAGAACAAUUCAAGCAUUGCACAGUGCUCACCAUUGCUCAUCGUUUGGACACCGUGAUGGACUCUGAUCGAAUUCUUGUGCUUGAUCAAGGCAAUGUCUCCCAAUUUGAUACCCCAAAAGUCCUACUCGCUCAAACGAAUGGUAUUUUCUAUUCAAUGGCAAAAGACGCUGGAAUUAUU